GAGCUUCACUAAUGAAAUGAAAAUCAAAUAAAAAUGUUCGGGAAAAUUAAUAAUUUCUUUUCUUUUCUGUUUUAACGCUUCGGCAUUUACAUUUUUCUUAUGUUGUGAUUGAAAAUUAAGAAUAAAAAUGUGAAUUAAUCGCUUAAGUUUUUUACCGUCUUAGGUGUGAACUCAUUGUAAGCAUAUCAGCAAGUAUUGUUGUGUGCAAAACAUCCCAAGAUAAUGGAGCAUGUCCAAGAAUUUUGGCCGCAGAGGCGUCCAAUGCGAAGCCGAUCAAAAGCAACGAUAGCUCAACGAAAAGGAAUUUUUACGUUCCUUUCGGAGGGCACCUUCACAAAGCUUCCCGACAACAACAUUAUUAACUUGUAUCAGACAUUCAUCGAAGGCGUUCUGGUUGCCGAGAAGAAACAGCAACCGAACCAGCCUGGAAUAGAGUUUUCUCGCCUGUUCAAAACAGUCUGGGAGAGCUUCGGAAAGUUUCAGGUCUUCCACACAGCCGGUGAGGUGAACCGGCUGGUGCGUUGGGCGCUGCGGGACCUGAAGCGACAGGGCCGGAUCCAGCGCACCCACAAGGGUCGCUACUUUGCCUGCCUGUUACCGGAGCAGCCUCAGCCGGGCUGCUGUCCGCCGGUGCUGGGCCUGCCGCCCGGCCAGCGGUUCCUGGCCUCGCGCUGGGGCAGCCAGCGCCGCCACCUCGUCUCCACCCUCCACCGCUGGGACCAGUACAACCAGAGGCGCAGCCAGCGACUGGCCAGGACACCGGACCUGCCCGGCCAGCGACUGACCAGAACAGCGGACCUGUCCGUACCACCCUCGCCGAGCGCCGGACCUGUGCGCGGACCCGGGCCAGCGCGCGGACCCGGAGCCGUGGCUGGACCCGUCCGCGGCCCCGGACCCGGACCUGGAUCCAUCCGCGGACCGGGACCCUCGACCGGACCCAUCCGUGGACCCGGACCUGUGCCCGGACCCGGACACCCAGUUCCGGGCGUCGCCGAGGCGGUGGUGGGUGGCGUUCCUCGGGUGCGACCUCGUCUUGAGCCGCCGCCGCCACCGCGUCCCAUGUCGGCCCCCUCGCUGUCGACCCUUUACGGCAGGGUGCCGCGCCUGUUCCCCGGGGGCUGACCGCCGCGGGAGGCAGUGGAGCAGAGGUCCGUCCCGGUCCGUCCUGUGCCGUCUGAGCUGGUCCCUGGCCACUGGAGAGACCCCGUGCCAGAGCCUCGGCGGGCGGCAGGAGCUGUGCAGUGGUCAAUAUAAGAUAGAUGCUUUA